GAUUACCAUGUAAAGUUCGCGCACGCACGCACGCACGCAGAGAGGAAAUCUUCAUCCAUAGCUCUUCUCCAAGUUAUUAAACAGGGCCAUGUGUUUCCAUUUGUGAGGCGCAGAGCAAAUAAAUCCUCAGUGAGUCAGUGGCGAUGAUGUUGAGCCGGCGAAGAUCACCGGUAGUGGCUUCGCUACAGCUGCCGCUGGUGACAACUCUUCUGUUUCUAUGGGUCCUAAGCUGGGGGCAUGCAACAGCAGAUGCUGAUAUAGCUAACAUGACGGCACUCCAGAAACAUGUCUCUUUUUUCGACCGUAACAAGGAUGGCAUCAUUACUCCUACAGAAACAUUUGAAGGAUUUGUUGCAAUUGGUUGUGAUGUUGCGUAUUCUAGAGACUCUGCCUCUUCCGUGCAUGCUGCCCUUGGUCCUAUAACAAGCCCGGUUGAUGCACCAUUGCCCCACAUUAAUAUUCACAUAGGCCUAAUCCACAGAGCAAUGCAUGGAAGUGAUUCAGGUGCAUUAGAUGCCAAAGGAGGCUGUAAGUUUGUUCCCCAAAAAUUCGAGGAAAUAUUCAUAAAGCAUGCAAAAGCCAGACCAGAUGCGCUGACAUCCUCAGAGGUGGAGGAGAUGAUACUAGCAAAUCGAGAUCCACUAGACCCUCGAUCAUGGUAAUUUUCGUUGGAACUU